AUGGCAGCAGGCCAGGCUGCUGCUCUGGUGCCCAUCAAUCUCGCAUGGCACUCCAAACAUCUCCACGAUCACGAGGAGCGCGUCUCGGUCAAGCAGCUCGAGGACAAAUACCCCAACAUCAAGGCCUACAACUUCUCGGUCCCGAUCGACCAUUUCCACAACGAAUCGAGAUACGAGCCGCAUUCGAGCGAUUCAUUUCCGCUACGAUACUGGCUCGACACGUCCAACUACAAGCCUGGAGGCCCCGUCAUCGUCCUCCACUCCGGCGAAUUCGACAGCGAUGGGCGACUGCCAUAUCUCCAGCAUGGCAUUGUGCCUAUUCUGACAAAGGCAACGGGAGGCGUCGGCCUUGUCAUGGAACAUCGGUACUACGGCACCAGCUUCCCCGUGCCCGACUUGACGAAUGAGAACUUGCGCUUUCUCACAACAGAGCAGGCUCUAGCCGAUACUGCCUACUUUGCACAGCAUAUUGAGUUUCCUGGUCUGGAGCACCUAGAUCUGACAGCUUCUGCAGCUCCGUGGAUCAUCUACGGAGGCUCUUAUGCCGGCGCAUUUGCUGCCUUUACGCGCAAACUGUAUCCUGAUGUCUAUUGGGGCGCCAUCUCAUCAUCAGGUGUGACGGCCGCGGUCGAGGAUCUAUGGCAAUAUUACGAAGCGGCGCGACAGUAUGCACCAGGAGACUGCGGGCCCACGACACAAAAGCUCACCCACGUGGUUGAUUCUGUCCUCUUUGGCGACGACGCGACCAAUGUGCGUAAAUUCAAAGAACUGUUUGGCCUGGGGGAUCUCGACGACGAUGACUUUGCCACCACCAUCUCCCGCGGUCUUAGUGGGCUGCAGUCUACCAACUGGGACCCGGAAGAGGACGUGUCUUCCCUCGGAAUUUACUGCGCGGUCAUCACCUCCAACGCUCAACUGUUUGCCAGCACGACUCACCUCAUUCCAACUGUGCAGAAUCUCGUCUCCCAAGCAGGCUUUGAAUCCCAAGCCGAGGUCCUUUCUGUCCGCAUGCUCAACUACAUCGGUUAUGUAAGAGAUUACGUUAAACGUAAUCUCAAGUCUUCGAGCUGCAAAGGCAAAUCCGUCGUGGAAUGCUUCUCUUCCAAGUAUAUCUCUACUGAUUCUAGCCUUGAGGCUGGAUGGCUGCGCAGCUGGAGCUACCAGGUUUGCACGCAAUGGGGAUAUUUUGUCACUGGUUCAGGCACCCCGAAAGACCAGCUUCCUAUGAUUUCUCGAGCCGUUACCCUCAAAUCGGCUUCGUCGCACUGCGAAAUCCUCUUUAACAUCACUUCUUCUCCCGAUGUAGAGUCCAUCAACAAGCUAGGAGGCUUCAACUUCAGCUACCCUCGUCUGGCGAUUAUAGAUGGGCUGCAGGAUCCAUGGCGAUCUGCGACACCACACGCAACUGGCCUUCCCGACCGAAAGUCAACUACCAGUGAGCCGUUUAUGCUUAUUGACUGGGGCGUACACCAUUGGGAUGAGUUUGGCCUGUCUGAGGAUACGCACGUCCCAGGUCUGCCGCCCCCUCAAGUUACGGAAGCACACAAGGCGGAGAUUGAGUUUGUGCAGGCCUGGCUGAAAGAGUGGGAGGAAGAAAAGGGAAGCUCCAGUCGGCAACCGCAUCAAGAAGACGAGAUGAUGGAGGAGUUGUAG